AUGGCAUCGCCUCCUCCCCUACCAGAAAGAUCCGUUCCGCGGCCGCCGCCACCUCCCCUGCCGCCAAGGGACAAUUCCCAAUUACCUCCGCCACCUCCCUAUUCUGCCGUGGAUGAGUCCCGAGCCUCGCUGGCCUCUCCGGAUCAAGAAGGCCCCCAAAUCCUGCUCUCUAAAGUCAAAGUCCAAGACCCCCGUACUUCAUCAUCACAAUCUUUGGUGCCAUCAAGCUCCGACUCGGAUGCUAGGCGAAUCCUUCUAUUGGUCUACAUCCAUGGGUUCUAUGGGAAUGACCAGUCCUUUCGAUCAUUCCCUGCUCAUGUCCACAACUUCCUACGUGAAGCCCUUUCAGAAACCCAUGCCGUCCACUCCAAAAUUUACCCUAGAUACAAGACGUACAAGGCCAUAGAUGUCGCGAGGGAUAACUUUAGCGCCUGGCUGGAGCCUCACGAGUCGCCAACAACCGAUGUUAUCCUCAUAGGUCACUCCAUGGGAGGCUUACUGGCUGCCGAGAUGGUUCUCAUGCGUUCUCUGAAGCAUCGUAUUCUGGGGACUCUGUCGUUGGAUUCACCCUUUUUAGGACUUCAUCCCGGUAUCGUAGCUUCGGGAAUCUCAAGUCUUUUUCAGCCCUCCCCGACUCCUCCUGGCCAAGGCUCCGCGUCGCCAUCCCCUCAAGAGGCUCACUCGGCUGAUCCACAGCCCUUAUCACCUACCAUGUCUAUGAAUAGUCCACUGAGCGAACCAAGAGACCCCAACUUUGACCCCCCUUUCGUCAAUGACUCGCCUUUUAGAGAAAAGUCGUUUCUUACUCGCAUGAUGAAUUUCAGUUCUAAGCACUGGUCUGAAGGCCUCCUUACUGCCUUUGGUAACCACAUUGCCUCCCAUCUAGAGUUUGGGGGAUGUCUGGCCGACUAUCGCGGGCUCAUGUCGCGAUACAACCAACUUCGUGCUCUUGAAGAUGUUGACGAUCUCCAAGUCUUGAGCGGCGGCACGUUCAACGAUUCACACACUCGAGUACGCUUUGCCAACUAUUAUACACUUGCUUCUGGCCGCCCUAAACCGCCAUCUACAGCUGAAGGCAGUCGUGAUCCAAGCCAGGUCGAUGUGUCAACAAUUCCUGUAUCCGAGUGCAAGGCUGAGGACGAUGUUAACACAAAGCUGGCCGAUGUGAUCAUUUCAACAACAGGUGAUGAAACGAGAAGCCCGGCCUCUCCCACUCUUUCUAAGUCCAGCACUCCGGCUAAAGAGAGUGAUCUGAAUGAACCGGUAGCAGCCUCAGCGCCAAAAAUAGAGAAGGCUAUUAAUGACGCUGGUUCAAGUACCCAGUUGGAAGAGCCGGAGUUGCCUACUAAUUCGAACCGGCUGUCUACUCUGUCUAUGCUAUCUAUGCAGGAGAUUGAACCAAUUCCCAUGGAUGAAACGGAAGACGAUUUUGUAGAGCAAGACUUAGAAACGACACUACCAGCCACAUCAGACGCGCCAUCUGCUGCUACUGAGGGCUCUGUUGAUGAAAAGAAACCCCCGUCAGACACGCCCCUGGUUUCUCCUCCCGAUAUAGACCUCCCUCCAAUCCCUGAUCUCCCUCAAGCCCCAGAGCAGCCAGAUCUAUCACAAUAUACAGACAAAGACUCCCGCAAACAAGCAGAAAAGGAAUUCGGCCGCCUCCAAAAGGCCCACGAGAACGCCGUCAAAGACCGCAGCAAGGCCCUCCGCGAACGCGAAAAACUAAUCGAGAAGCGUCAAAAGAAGGUCCAAAAGGACGCCCAAAAGGACGCGGAUAAGCUCGAAAAAGAUAUGAAGAAGCAGAAGCAAAAGGACGCGGAUAAGCUCGAAAAAGACAUGAAGAAGCAAAAGCAAAAAGCGGAACAGGAAAAGAGACGUCUUGAGAAGGAAGAAGAAAAGGCUGGCAAGGCAGAGAAGAAGCGGCUGGACAAGGAAGCAGCCGCAGCAUCGUCCUCCGCCUCCUUGGCUGAGGUUACUGAGGCUGAAGCGACGGGUAAGCCUAAGAAGUUGAGAAAGUUUUGCAAUACGCCGAGCAAGACGAAUGGGGUUAUGGAUCCUACGUGGGUGAGCGUGUACAUGGACGGCAUGGAUGAGGUGACGGCCCAUUGUGCGGUUUUCUUGCCUGGGCCGCAUUAUGAUAGGUUGGUGGGCGAUGUGGCGAGCCGGAUAGUGGGUUGGGUGCAUAAUGAUUUGUCUGUGAGGGCCAUGAUGGAGAUGGAUUGA